AUGUACGUCACAAUGAUGAUGACAGACCAGAUUCCACUGGACUUGGCUCCGCCGCCUCUCCUAAACGGGGAGGUCCCGCUCAUGCCGCACAUGGUUAACGGUGACGCAGCGCAGCAGGUGAUCCUGGUACAGGUGAACCCGGGUGAGACGUUCACCAUCCGGGCAGAGGACGGCUCGCUGCAAUGCAUCCAGGGUCCUGCAGAGGUCCCGAUGAUGUCCCCCAACGGCUCCAUUCCACCCAUCCACGUGCCCCCAGGAUACAUCUCACAGGUCCUGGAAGAUACCACGGGUGUCCGGCGGGUGGUGGUGACCCCUCAGUCUCCAGAGUGUUAUCCUCCCUCCUACUCCCCUGCAUUGUCGCCCACACAUCACCUUCCCCCCUACCUGGCCCCGCCUCACUUCAUCCACAAUUCCCAUUCGUUUUACCCGCCCGUCAGCCCAGGCGAGCUGACCCACCACCAGUACUACCAGCACCAUCUCCCCCCCAUGUACGGCGACCAAGAAAUCAUUCCGGUGUAUGGCAUGUCCAACUUCAUCCGAGAGGAGACGUACAGUAAGCCGCCACCCAAGAAGAUAAAAGAACAGAGGCAACUGGAGCGACAGAACCGUCUCAACUCGCCGCCUUCUACGCUGUACAAGGGUAGCCUGGGGCCAGCACACAACGGUUACAGCAAGUCCCACGCGCCAACGCUAGGGUCGGUGAGCACAGGUGGUGGAGUCGGCAGUCCGGGCGGGAAGAAACCAGAGCGGCGACUUCGCAGCAGUCCGCGCAACGGUGAACCAGAGCCGCACACGCAAGAUCACGAUUCAGAGGCGAAACGUGUUCAAGACAUGCUGUCUACUAUCGACAAACCACAGGUGUCCAAUCUGCAGGCCCGAGCCGUGCGCCUGUCUUGGGGGCCCCCCACUGGCCUGGCGAGCAGGCACAGCAACGGCAUGCCAGUGUCGUGUUCCUACGAAGUGUCCCUCUCAGAUAAAGGGCGAGACGGGAAGUUUCGCCUCAUCUACAGUGGUGAAGAACUGGAGUAUCAUCUUAAAGAUUUAAGGCCUGCGACCGACUACCACGUACGAGUGUGCGCCACGUACAACUCGGUGCGUGGCUCGUGCUCCGAAGCGUCCUCCUUCACCACGCACAGCAGCGUCAGCGUUCCCGACGUCCCGCUGGCUCCCAAGCUUUCCCAUCGCACCAAAAGCACCCUCUCUUUACAGUGGAAGCCACCAAACGACAACGGCUCCAAAAUCACAAACUACCUGCUCGAGUGGGACGAGGGAAAGAAGAACAGUGUUUUCCGGGAAUGUUACUUCGGGAGCCAGCGACACUAUAAGCUGACACGUCUGUUCCCCGCCUGCGCUUACACCUUCAGGGUGGCGGCCCACAACGACAUGGGCACAAGCAGCUUCAGUUCUGAGGCGGUGUUUUACACAAUGGGCACGCUGCCCGCUUUGCCUGUGGCGCCACGUCUGGUGCGAGCUGGUGUAUCCUGGGUGACCCUGGAGUGGGUGCGACCUGAGGGCAGCUCCAACGAAGAGCAGCUGAAAUACACUCUGGAAAUCCAGGAGGACAACAGCGGAGCGGAUUUUCACCCGAAGUACACUGGAGAACACUUGACCUGUACUGUACAAGGUUUGAAGAGGAGCACGCAGUAUAAAUUCAGGUUGAUCGCGUCAAACAUGGAGGGGAAGAGCAGUCCGAGUGAGGUGCUGGUUUGCACCACCAAUCCCGACAAGCCGGGACCGCCGUCCACGCCGUGUGUUGUGGCGUCCACGCCUUACGCCCUCACGGUCACAUGGGAUCCUCCGAAGGAUAAUGGCGGUUCUGAGGCACUUACAUAUUUGUUGGAGAUCAGCGAGGGGUGCUCAGAAGCCAGCCCAUGGGAAGUGGCGUAUAGUGGGCCAGCGACUGAGUGCGUGUGCGAGCGACUGGCGCCUGGCAGUGUCUACAACCUGCGCGUGUGCAGCAUCACCACCGGCGGGCACAGUCAGUGCACCGUCAGCGUUCCAGUGCGCACGUUAAGUGUUCCGCCCGGGCCCUGCCAGCCGCCGAGGAUUGUGGGUAAAGCCAAGCACAAGGAGGUUGAGUUAGAAUGGGAUUCUCCUGCCACCGAGGGCACGAACGAGGCGUACAUGUUCAGCCUGGAAAUGAGCGAGGGAGACGCUCGGCCGGCCCAAGUGUUCCAGGGACCGGAGCUGCAGUGCACCGUGGGUAGUUUGCUGCCCGGCGCCACCUACAGUUUCCGAUUGAGGGCUGCCAAUGAGGCUGGGUUUGGCGAGUACUCCGAGCCGACUUUGGUCGCGACUGCAGCUGGUCCUCCAGGCCAGUGUGGGGCGCCGCUGAUCACGCUUAUCAGCAACACCUGCGUAUCGCUCAACUGGGAGAGUCCCGAGGGGUCGGGCAGUGACAUAUCAGAGUUUCGUCUGGAGUGGGGUCGAGAAGAUGAGCCGAUGGAGCUUAUCUACUGCGGCUCGGCCACGCAAUGCGAAGUGUCCGAUCUUACGCCUGCCACCAGUUACUGCUGCAGGUUACAGGCUGUAAAUCAGGCAGGGGCGGGGCCCCACAGCGAGCAGGUCAGUUUCCAGACCCCAGCGACCAUUCCCGACGCGGUUUCCUCACUCGCUCUCCUGGACCUGCCGUCCUCCUCGGAGUCGGGCCACUCGCGCUCCACUUGUCUCUUCCUCAAGUGGGAGGAGCCUAACAGCAACGGGGCGGAAAUCUCUUCGUACGUCAUUUCCCUGGACGAGCGAACAAUCACGUUGGAGCCGGCGACCAGUCAUCUUGUUAGCGGUUUGCAGCCAGACAGCGAAUACAGCGUGGAGAUCCGGGCGGUGAACCCCAUCGGCUGUGGCCCAUCCGGCCCACCGCUGCUGGUGAGGACGCGACCCCUGCCCCCGGCCCCGCCCCCUUUGGAGUGUGCCGCCGCUGGGCCACAGAGCCUCAAAUUGAAGUGGGGGGAGAACGCCAGCAACUCUCGCUCCUCCCUGCUGGCCGACGAUGUUCACUACAUGCUGCAGAUGCAGGACAAAAACCACAGGUUCGUGACCGUCUACCGGGGCCCCAGUCACACUUACAAGGUCCAGCGGCUGACAGAGUCCAGCAGCUACACCUUCAGAAUACAGGCCUUCAGUGACGCCGGUGACGGGCCUUUCUCUAACAGCCACACCUUCUGCACUACCAAGUCCGUGCCCCCUGCCCUAAAAGCUCCCAAGGUGCACCAGCUGGAAGGGAACGUGUGCGAAGUCACGUGGGAGACCAUCCCGCCUAUGAGGGGAGACCCCGUCAGCUACGUGUUACAGAUGCUGGUGGGCCGUGAGUCAGAAUAUAAGCAGGUGUUCAAAGGCGAGGAGGGAACCUUCCAGAUUUCGGGCCUGCAGGGCAACAUGGACUACCGCUUCCGAGUGGGCGCCUGUCGCCGCUGCCAGGACUCUUGCCAGGAACUGUGCGGGCCGCUCAGCCCCUCGUCGCAGUUCACGCCGCGGCGCCAGGAGGCCUCUGCGUCCGCGGGGGCGGCUGGAAGCGGAGCUUGCGCAUCCUUCGCCCGCCCGGCAGCGGGCCUGAUGUCGAGCGACGAGCGUUUCGCCGCGCUCAUCGUGUGCGCCUUCGCCGGCCUCUCCAUCCUCAUCGCCUGCUUGCUGCAGUACUUCUUCAUGAAGUGA